AGCCCUGAGGCGGAGGAGGGCGCGGCUGGCGGUGCGCGGCUCUGGCGGUCCCUGAGUUGUGGUUCCCGGGGGGAGCGAGAGGCUCAGGAUGUCGAGGAACUUCUCUGACACAGGCAGCAGAAAAGAGCAUGUUAAAAUCACAAGUGAGCCCAAACCAGGGUUCCUGGAGCGGCUCAGUGAGACUUCUGGAGGCAUGUUGAUUGGACUUGUGACAUUUCUUCUGGCUUUCUACCUUCUUUUUACCAAUGAAGGACGAGCUUUAAGGACAGCCAAGUCUCUCGAUGAGGGCCUUUCUCUUGUGGUCCCUCUUGACAGCAUCCACAGUAUCUCUCAGCAGAAUGAGGGGAGACUGGUGCACUUGGCUGGAGCUCUGAGUACAUCUAAGCCUUUGUUUGACCCCAGCUAUGGGCUCUCCAUCCAAGCUGUCAAACUUAAGCGUAAUGUGGAAAUGUACCAGUGGGUUGAAUAUGAAGAUUCCAAGGAAUAUGAGGAGGAUGGUGAGAUUAAGAAAGAGACAAAGUAUUCAUACAAUACAGAGUGGAAAUCGGAAGUUGUGAACAGCAGAAACUUUGAUCGAGAAAUUGGACACAAAAACCCAAGUGCCAUGGCUGUGGAGUCUUUCACUGUUGUUUCUCCUAACGUCCAGGUUGGCAGCUUUGUUCUUUCCAAGGGUCUCGUGGAUAAAAUUGAUGAUUUCAAGCAGUUGAGCUUGUCACACCUGGAGGAUCCCCAUGCUGAUGUUACCCGAAGAGAAGAUUAUUUCUAUCACAGCGACAACCCCAGGCGUCCAGAAGUAGGAGACCUUCGUGUCUCUUUCUUCUAUGCAGGUCUGAGUGGAGAUGAUCCCCAUUUGGGCUCUGCUGAUAAGGUGACUGUGAUUGCUCGGCAGCGAGGUGAUCAGCUGGUUCCAUAUCAUACCAAGUCUGGAGAUGUUCUGGAGAUUCUGUACCCUGGGGACCUCUCUGUGGAGGAGGUGUUUCAGAAGGAGCAUGAGAGUAACACCAUGAAGACCUGGGCCCUCCGUGCAGCUGGCUGGCUCUCAAUGUUUGUGGGCAUCAGCCUGAUGACCAGGAUCUUUUACACGUUAGUGGACUGGUUUCCUGUUGUGAGGGACCUGGUUAACGUUGGCUUGAAGGCGUUUGCCGUGUGUGUGGCCAGCUCGCUGUCCCUGCUGACCAUCUCCGUGGGCUGGCUCUUCUACCGCCCGCUCUGGGCCCUGCUCCUCGCGCUGCUCUCCAUUGUCCCCAUCCUGGUGGCCAGAUCCCGUGUUCUGCCCAAGAAGCAGCAGUGACAAGGAGGUGGUCGGGUCUUGAGCUGAAUCCUGACCUUAAAGGAAGUAUUUCCCCCUUGAGACAGAAAGGCCAGAACUCUACCUCACCACUGAUUUGGGUAAGCUAUGGAUCAAAGCAGGCA